GGGGUCUGCGCGCGGGGGCGGGGCCUGGGCGACGCGGGGCAGGAGGGAGCAGAUGGCGACGGCGCUGGGCGCCUGAGCGGGCUGGGGCCAUGAGCGCCGCCCGGCCCCAGUUCUGCAUCGAUGACGCCUUCGAACUGUCCCUGGAGGAUGCGGGCCCUGGCCCCGAGUCCGGCGGGGUCGCCCGCUUCGGGCCGCUGCACUUCGAGCGCCGGGCCCGGUUCGAGGUGGCCGAGGAGGACAAGCAGUCCCGCCUGCGCUACCAGAACCUGGAGAACGAUGAGGAUGGAGCCCAAGCCUCUCCGGAGCCAGAUGGGGGAGUCAGCACCAGAGAUUCGGGCCACACAUCCAUCCGCAGCUCGCAGUGGUCUUUUAGCACCAUCAGCAACAGCACUCAGCGCUCCUACAAUGCCUGCUGCAGCUGGACUCAACACCCUUUGAUCCAGAAGAACCGCCGGGUAGUGCUGGCCUCCUUCUUACUCCUCCUGCUGGGGCUGGUGCUGACCCUGACCGGCGUGGGACUGGAGGUGGCCCCCUCGCCAGGUGUCUCCAGCGCCAUCUUCUUCGUGCCCGGCUUCCUGCUGCUGGUCCCGGGAGUCUACCACGUGAUCUUCAUCUACUGCGCUGUCAAGGGCCACCGGGGCUUCCAGUUCUUCUACCUGCCCUACUUCGAGAAGUGAGCUGCUGGCGGACGGCGGGGAUCCAGCAUCGGUUCCGAGGGGCCCCUUCGGCCUCCUCGCGUUUCCCUAGCGGGGGCGUUCCUGGGGCCCGCGCCCCGCUGCCAUUGCCUCAUCUCAUGGGAAAAGCCCCUCCCGGACUCUCGAGUCCAGCAGUCCCCUGGAGAGUUUGCUCAGGGAGUUUGGGGCUUGUGGGCCUCAGGCCGUUACCCGUAUCUAGGAAAGGCUUCCCUUCCCUGCCGCGUGCCUUAACUUAUUCUCCGGCCCUGGGGCUGCUGGGUUGGUGGUGUUUUGCGCUAAUAAAAGGGGUGCUUAGUUCCCAC